AACCUUAGGAACCACACCCUUCUUCUUUUCUUCCUUUUCUUUUUUUAGUGUUCUGAAGUUGAAAGAAUGGACAUUUAGGAAGUAACAAGCCCUAAAUAUUUGUCACCCUCCUCUGCUUCGUAUUGGAGUGAGAGCGAGAGAGAUGCUCACGUCCUGGUAAGCCCUUGGCACGCAGGCAAAAGCUAGGCCUGAGCGCCAUUACAGAGCUAGGAGGACGUCUACCAAUGGCAGCACCGCUCCGAGCUUGAUAGGGUUUUACAAUGGAGAUGGCCUCAGUGGAAACGACCGCUUCUUUUCCUUUCAGUGGUGAAGAUCAUAUUGAAAAUGCAGGUUUUGCAGUUUCCAAUCAUAGUGAUGGUGACCAAAGGCAUGCUUGCUCAAAGGAAGGUAAAGAUAUAAUGGAGAUAAUUGCUGCCACUGGAAAAUAUUGGCAUGACUGGGACACAUUGAAACACUUGCUCUCAUUUCAUCUGAAACAGGUCUUGGCUGAGUACCCUGAGGCACAUAUGGCUAAUGAUAUCGGUCCUCGACCAAGCUCUUCAUUACUAGAGCCUUACCCAGACUUGGUGAAAAGAUUGGAUGAAGCACUACUCAACUAUGUGGAGGGUCCUCCAUUUACUCUCCAAAGGCUUUGCGAGAUCUUGUUAAACCCCCAAAGAAUAUACCCCAACCUUUCGAAACUUGCUUUAGCACUUGAAAAGAAUCUGUCUGUGACUUCAACCCUAACCAUGUGCACCGAACCAUACCCCUCCAUGGCAAGUCUGAAAUUUGAAAGAGUGCAAGAAACCAAACUAGAACACAUAGUGGAAGUAUCUAUUCCAAUACAAAAUGGAGGUGCAACCAUCGUUGGAUUUACUGAUGAAGAAAUGAUUGAUGCCACAGAAGUUGCCAAUGAAGAGAGGUCAGACACAAACCAAAGUGAAAUGUCAGAGGAAGUACCCCAGCCAGAAAACACCUUCAACCUUUCAGAUAAAUCUCUUCCCGCUAGUGAAGAUAUCAAGAAGAAUUUUCCCAUUUCUUCAGACGAAUCUCUCCCUGCAAGCGAAGAGAUAAAGAAGAGUUUUCCUGAGCUACCAGAUGAAUCCUUUCCUAAAAAUGAAGAUAUCAAGCAGGGUCCAAGCUCUUAAUACGAGAGAGAGAGAGAGAGAGAGAGAUCCCAGUGCUCCUAUUCGCGUUCUUAACUUGGAAAACAAUAACUAUAUAAACAGAAGCCAUAAAGCCAUAUGGAAUGCAAUUUGUUAUAAUCAUGUAGCUUUAUUUAAUAUACUUUUAUUUCUCUGAAAAUCACAAUGGUAUUGUUUUUUUGAGUGUUGCUGGAUUACAAUGGUCCUUCAAGACCUGCUCAAGUGCUAAAUAAAAAGAGCAUAAGAAUUUUAUUUUU